AUGAAUCGCAUUUUCGGAUAUGGCGGGCGUAAAAACCACGACCAACUUCUUCAGGACUCGAAUAAAGCUAUGAGUGAGGCUCAGCAAUCAAUGCAAGAACGAAUCUCAGGGUUAGACACUCAAAUAACGCAGUUGAAUGCCCAACUUCAAACAAUACAACGAAAGAUAUCGGGUACCAAGUCUGCUGCAGGGCAGAAACCUCUACGACAACGAGCUCUGAAGCUGCUAAAUAAGCGCAAACAGUUGGAAUCUAUGAGAGAUUCGCUGGACUCUCAGUCGUGGUCCAUGAACCAGGCCCAAAUGACAAGCGACAACCUAAGGAAUACCAUGGUCACAGUGAAUGCGCUGAAACAAACGAACAAGGCUCUCAAAGCUCAAUACGGGAAAAUCAAUGUUGAUAAGCUCCAGGACAUGCAGGAUGAGAUGCUGGAUCUGGUCGAACAAGGUGAAGAGCUACAACAAGUUUUGGCGAUGGGCAGCGGUGCCCAAGACAUAGACGAUAUCAGUGAGACCGAACUUGAUGCAGAGCUAGAGGCUUUGAGGGACGAUCCAAUGAUGCAGGGUGGUCUGGCAGACUUUGAGGGAGAAGCGUCAGGUGAAAUUCCUUCCUAUCUCAGCGGCACCAUCCCAUCAUUCGUGGAUGAAGAGCCAGCCCCAGAGCUCCCAGGCAAACUAGAGACUGCCACGUAG